AUGGCCAGGUUGUUGACAACGCCAAAUCUAACAGAGGCAAAAGCCGUGGAUUUGUGCCGUGCGGAAGAAAUAGCUGAAAAGCAUCCUGUGACAGUAGAAUCACUAGCCGUGAACAUAGUGAAGAAAAUGAAGAAGAACAAGUGUAAAUUCUGCGGUGAUUGGCACGAAUUUGCCAAAGGUGUAUGUCCUGCACUAGGAAAAAAUUGUAAACGCUGCGGUGGAAAGAAUCAUUUCGAAAGAGUAUGUAAUGUGGAACGCAAGAAACAGAAGAAGAGGUUUAAAGUAAAGAAAGUGUGCGAUGAAAGUAGUGAUUCGGACGAAGCCGACCAAGAAAGUGAAUCAGAGUUAGAAAGUAGUGACAGUGCAUCGAUUGGUAAAAUAUAUGACAGGUCUAACUCAGGUGGCCACGUUUUGGCGGAUUUGGAUGUGUUCAUUGGAGACAAUUGGCAGCCGGUUCGAUGCGAACUGGAUACUGGUGCCAAUACCAGUCUUGUUGGACAGGAUUGGCUGAUCAAGAUGACUCAGCAAGAUUGCCCAGAGUUACUGCCAUCGAAAUAUCACCUACGAAAUUUCGGUGGAGGUCAUAUACCCGUUCUAGGAGAGGUAAAAAUCCCAUGUAGGCGAAAUGGACGUAAGUACAAACUCAUAUUGCAAGUCGUUGACGUCAAACAUGGACCUCUUUGGUCUGUCAAAGUAUGCAAACAUUUGGGCUUUGUUAAGUUCUGCAAUUCGGUGUCAUUCAACACACCACAAUCGGAACAAGACUUCUUGAACAUCCACCGUAUAAAAGCUCAGCAGAUUGUUGACCGACAUAAACAUAUUUUUGAUGGAAUAGGAAAGUUUUCGGGAGUUGUGUCUCUGGAAAUAGAUCCGGAAGUAUCACCGUCAAUUCAACCACCCCGUCGGGUACCAAUAGCGUUGCGUGGAAAACUUAAGGAGGAAUUGAGAACUUUGGAUCGAGAGGGAGUUAUUGUAAAAGAGACCCGACAUACCGAAUGGGUUAGUAAUAUAGUUUUGGUGAAACGCAAGGAACAGGCAACCGACUCUAUUCGUAUUUGCUUGGAUCCGAUUCCCCUAAACAAGGCCCUGAAACGUCCUCAUCUGCAGUUUACCACGAUUGACGAGAUACUACCGGAACUAGGAAAAGCGAAGGUAUUUUCCACUGCAGAUGCCCGGAAAGGUUUCUGGCAUGUGGUGCUUGAUGAGGAUAGCAGCCGAUUAACAACUUUCUGGACGCCGUUUGGUCGGUACCGAUGGACGCGUCUUCCUUUUGGGAUCGCCUCUGCGCCUGAAAUUUUCCAGAUGAAACUGCAGGAGGUGAUUCAAGGACUCCCAGGAAUAGAAUGUAUUGCCGAUGAUUUGCUCAUAUACGGAUCGGGAGACACGCUUAAAGAAGCUUAG